CCCCAAUCCGGCCAUCCCUCCUCCCUAGCUCGGCAUAUCAGUAUUGUGCAUGUGGCUAAGCGCGUUUGGCGGAUUUGGCGAUCGGAUUCAGCAACUGUCGAGGUCGGGUCCGGUGGGCGCUGAACGAUCCAUGCCGCGGCUUUGCAACUUGAAAGACCAUGAUGCAGAGCCGAUAGCGGUUGAGAGAAAUUGUACCGCUUCCAUGCCUUGUUCCUGGAACUGUACAACCGGAAUCGGGUGGUUGUUCAGUUGGGCCGCAUUCCUCGGCUUAACCAGAAGAAAGACUAAAGAAAAUGCGGAACCUGCACUGGCAUGAAAUGCUCUUUGCCUGCGGUCAUAUCAGCAUGCCCUGUGAUAACUGCCAAUUAAGCGGUAUGGAAAGAUCUAGACA